AUGAAAUCACCAAAACCUCUGAAUCUCCCUCACAAAUCUCUCAAACCCAAUUUCUUCUACGGCCACCGUAAACCGUCGCAUAAUCGUCCCGUUGUCUACGGUGGUCUCUUCUCCAAUCGCCAAUCUCUCUCCAUAGAUUCACCCAAACCCCGAUCCAACACUGUCACUAACCUAACACCUUUCGAUCUCCGUAAAUGGGAUCCAGAACAAACCCAUCUCCCUUCGAAACCACCUUCUUCUUCUCCGACGAUUUCCUCCGCCUCCGAACGACUCUCUCCAAUCUCGCRUUUCGUCAUCGACGCAUUCCGCAAGAAUCGUAACCAUUGGGGACCUUCAGUUGUAUCGGAGCUAAGCAAACUCCGCCGCGUCACGCCGAGUAUAGUCGCCGAGGUUUUGAAAUUAGGAAACGAUGCUUCGAUUGCUACGAAAUUCUUCCAUUGGGCUGGUAAGCAAAAAGGGUAUAAACACGAUUUCGCAUCUUACAAUGCUUUUGCGUAUUGCCUUAAUCGAACUGGGAAUUUUCGUGCGGCGGAUCAGUUACCUGAGAUGAUGGAUUCACAAGGAAAGCCACCGUCGGAGAAACAAUUCGAGAUUUUGAUUAGAAUGCAUUCGGAUAAUAAAAGAGGUUUAAGGGUUUAUUAUGUUUAUGAGAAGAUGAAGAAGUUUGGGUUUAAGCCUAGGGUUUUCUUGUAUAAUAGGAUAAUGGAUGCUUUGAUGAAAAAUGGUUACUUUGAUUUAGGUUUAGCUGUUUAUGAGGAUUUUAAAGAAGAUGGGUUAGUGGAGGAAAGUGUUACUUUCAUGAUCUUGGUUAAAGGAUUGUGUAAAGCAGGUAGAAUCGAGGAAAUGCUCGAGAUUCUGCAGAGGAUGAGAGAUAAUUUGUGUAAACCUGAUGUUUUUGCUUACACUGCAAUGAUCAAAACUUUGGUUUAUGAAGGAAACAUGGAUGCAUGUUUACGAGUUUGGGAUGAAAUGAAACACGAUCAGAUAAAACCGGAUGUAAUGGCGUAUGGGACGCUUAUUGUGGGUCUGUGUAAGGAUGGAAGAGUUGAAAGAGGCUAUGAAUUGUUUACGGAGAUGAAGGAAAAGCAGAUUUUAAUUGAUAGGGAUAUCUACAGGGUUUUAAUCGAAGGAUUUGUAGCGGAUGGGAAGGUUAGAGCUGCUUGCGAUCUAUGGAAGGAUUUGGUGGAUUCUGGGUACAUUGCUGAUUUAGGGAUAUACAAUGCGGUUAUUAAAGGGUUGUGUACUGUUAAGCAGGUUGAUAAAGCAUAUAAGCUUUUUCAAAUUGCAAUUGAGGAAGAACUAGAACCAGAUUUUGAGACUCUAAGUCCCAUUAUGGUUGCAUAUGUGGCGAUGAAGAGACUGAGUGAUUUUUCGAAUUUGGUACAACGAAUUGGCGAAUCAGGAUACUCUGUCGCAGACUACCUUUCACAGUUUUUCAGAUUGUUGUGUGACGACGAAGAAAAGAGAACAAUAGCUUUAGAUGUCUUUGAUGUACUAAAGAGUAAAGGUCAUGGCAGUGUAUCUGUGUAUAACAUUCUUAUGGAGGCUCUCUACAAGAUGGGAGAUGUUCACAAGUCCUUGUCACUUUUCAACGAAAUGAGGGAUUUUGGAUUUGACCCAGAUUCAUCAUCGUACAGUAUUGCAAUUUGCUGUUUUGUUGAGAAAGGGGAAGUCCAAGAGGCAUGUUCAUGUCAUGAAAAAAUCACCGAGAUGUCAUGUGUUCCUUCCGUAGCUGCUUAUCUUUCUCUUACUAGAGGACUCAGCCAAAUCGGAGAAAUUGAUGCGGUAAUGAUAUUAGUUCGUGAGUGUCUGGGAAACGUUGAAAGUGGUCCUCUGGAGUUUAAGUACGCUCUUAGGGUUUGUCAUGUAUGCAAAGGGAAUAACGCUGAGAAGGUUAUAGAGGUAUUAGAUGAGAUGAACCAGGAAGGUGUCUCUAUCAGUGAAGUUAUAUACUGUGCGAUUAUCUCUGGUAUGUGUAAACAUGGAACAAUAAAAGCAGCAAGGGAAAUCUUUGCAGAGUUGAAAAAGCGCAAAAUUAUGUCAGAGGCUGAUAUGGUAGUCUAUGACGAAAUGCUAGUUGAGCAGACCAAGAAGAAGACAGCUGAUUUGGUGCUUUCAGGGAUCAAGUUUUUCGGUCUCGAGUCAAAACUAAGAGCAAAGGGUUGCAGACUACUCGAUUAA